CAGCCAAUCACCAUCACCCUCGGUUAGCUGUUGACCAUCUUGCGGCUGUUCGCUGAUUCAGAGAGAAAUCCCUGUGUCCUCCUCCUCAUCAUGGCGUCUGGAGCGUUGUUCCCCAGCAUGGUGUCCGGGUCCCGCGGCUCCUCCAGCAAGUACCUAGUGGAGUUCCGGGCCGGUAAGAUGACCAUGAAGGGCAGCACGGUGACCCCCGACAAACGCAAAGGUCAAGUCUACAUCCAGCAGACCGACGACUCCCUCAUCCACUUCUGCUGGAAGGAUCGCACCACCGGGAACGCGGAUGAUGACCUGAUCAUCUUCCCUGACGACUGUGAGUUCAAGCGGGUGAGCCAGUGCACCACGGGGCGGGUCUAUGUGCUGAAGUUCAAGGCUGGUUCCAAAAGACUCUUCUUCUGGAUGCAGGAGCCGAAGACCGACAAGGACGAGGAGCACUGCCGCAAAGUGAACGAGUAUCUGAACAACCCGCCGAUGCCCGGGGCUCUGGGCAGCGGCAGCAGUGGAGGUCACGACCUCUCUGCUCUGGGAGGGGAGGGCGGCCUGCAAAGCCUUCUGGGUAACAUGAGCCACAACCAGCUCAUGCAGCUCAUUGGACCGACUGGACUGGGCGGGAUCGGUGGCCUCGGGGCUCUGGCCGGUCCGGGCCUGGCCAACCUGCUGGGCAGCGGCAGCGGCAGCGGCAGCGGCAGCAGCAGCAGCAGCGUCCCGGCAGCCAGCAACUCCUCCACCAGUCCGUCCACAGCCGUCACCCCCACCUCUACCUCCGCCACCAGUCGUCUCGGCUCCUCCCAGGUUCCCACCACUCCCAUCACCCCCUCUGCCACCUCAGCAGCCUCCCCCACGGCCACCACCCCCACCACCCCCGCGGUGUCGUCUGUGGCCGGGGGGGCCGCCAACCCCACCCAGCCCAUCCAGCUGAGGGACCUGCAGAGCAUCCUCGCCACCAUGAACGUCCCUGCCACUGGUCAGGGAGGAGAGACCCCCGUCGACCUGGCCAGCGUCCUGACCCCGGAGGUCAUGGCGCCCAUCCUGGCGAACGCUGAGGUGCAGCAGCGGCUGACGGCCUACCUGCCCUCCGGAGAGUCUCUGCCCCAGAGCUCCGACGAGCUGCAGAACACGCUCAGCUCGCCCCAGUUCCAGCAGGCGAUGAGCAUGUUCAGCAGCGCGCUGGCGUCCGGGCAGUUGGGACCUCUGAUGAACCAGUUCGGUUUGCCUGCAGAGGCGGUGGACGCCGCCAACAAAGGAGAUGUGGAGGCUUUUGCUAAAGCCAUGGAGACGGAGACGAAGUCGGACCAGGACGGAGACUCCAAAGACAAGAAAGACGACGAUGAAGACAUGAGUUUGGAUUAAAAACCAUUGACAUGAUUAUUUAUUGAAUUUAUUUAGCUGCUACUUAUAUUUUAUUAAUAUUACCAGGAUAAGGAAUGUGGUAAAUCUAGUUGAGACUUAGCUGAUAGUGCUGUCUUCAUCCUGUAACAGUGUGUGGAGUUCAUAUAUACUAAUUUAACUGAAUGAACAUGGUUCCCUCAUGCAUGUCAGCUGUCCCAACACAAGGGAACGAGUAAAGCGAUGAGAAACA